AUGGCUGAAAUUCCUCAGACUCGGAUCUUCAAGACGAGCCUGGGUCUUGCCGAACAGACAGCAGGGACAGAAGCAGCCGUAGAGACCUGUCGCAGUCAGAAAAAGAAGAUCGAUUGGCCUGUAUCGAUUGUUGAAGAUGACAAGAUGAUGACAGUAAUUGUUGCUGUCGAUCGAUCGAUCGUUCGUUUGUUCUUUUCUUCAAUGUCGUACAGUACCUACAGCAAACCAAACAACCCUAGCAGAAUCCUGUGUCACAGGAAAGAAGGAGUGGUAUGGACAGAGAGAGAGUGUGCAAGCAAGCCUAAAUCAAAUGCAGUGCAGUGCAAUGCAAUGCAAUGGCGGAGAAGAAAUCACAUUCUUUGCAGCGUAAGAGAGGACAGUGUAAACCUGCCUAAUUGA